AGUUGUGGCGCAUGGGCUUAGUUGCUCCGCGGCAUGUGAGAUCUUCCCAGACCAGGGUUUGAACCCGUGUCCCCUGCAUUGGCAGGCAGAUUCUUAACCACUGUGCCACCAGGGAAGUCCCACUUCCUGUUUUCUUUUACCUCUGCUCUGCAUUUAAAAUAAUUUUUAUUAAUAUAUAUGUAUAUGCUUGCAAAAUUACCAAUUAACUCAGGAAAGAUACACAAGACAUUAGGAAUGGUAGUUGCCUCUGGGGAAGAGACUGGGUAGGUGGGGAACAGAUUCUUUCUUUUCACUUACUUUUUAAUACCUUUUGGACUAUGUACCACAGACCCCUAUUAUACAUUCAAAAAUAGGUACAAUUUAAAAAUUUUAAUACUUUAAAAAUUUUAAUUUGACCAGCAGUCUGGAUUUUUGUUGUAAGAGAGUUUUCAGGUUAUCUUUUAAUUUAUUAUUUUGCUAAAUCUGGAGCCAAAACUAAGUCUUCACAGAUCUCCUGCACUUCCAUGAACUGGGUGAGUAUGUGAUAAGGCCAGUGAGUUCCAUGGGCAGCAGCUCAGUGCAUCAUUCCUGUGGAAAACAGUUUGGCAGUUCAUCAGAAAGUUAAACAUAGAAUUACCAUGUGAGCCAGCAAUUCCACUCUUAGGUAGAUACCCAAGGGAAAUGAAAACAUAUGUCCACAUGGAAACUUGAACACAAAUGUCUAUAGCAGUAUUAUUCACAAUAGCCAAAAGGUGAAAACAACCCAAAUGAAUGGACAAACUAUGGCGUGUCCAUACAAUGGAAUAUUAUUCGGCCAUUAAAAGGGACAAAGUAUUAAUACAUGCUACAACUUGGAAGAACCUCAAAAACAUGCUAAGCGAAAGAAGAUGAAACAGGAGGGAAGGGGGCAGGGCACAACCUUUAAAAGAAUGACUUAGCCGUUGAGCAUAUGACAUAAACUGGUUAGAACAAACUAGGUCCAAGGUGGUGGAAAAUUCAACUUCCAAUGGACCUUGAGCCUCAUUGUGAUACAUCAGCAUAUGCUAAAUGACACACCCACCAGCGUCAGGACAGUUCUGAGGGCAGCCUUAAGAGGCCAAAAUGAGCGGCCGCAGAUCGCGAGGAGCAUGUGGACGCUUGGGCGCCGAGCGGCUGCCAGCCUCUUGCCCUGCUCGGCGCCCCCGGGCUCUGCCCAGGCCCGCGCCGUGGCCCCGCGGCCAACGAAGGACCCCUGGCUCUACAGCUGCCGGGGCCUGCGCACCGGGACCGCCACGGCCAGCACACCUAGCCAGCCCAGUCCGAGCCUCUGCUGCCUCAACCAGAUCCUGAAUGUCAAAAAGCAGUGUGUCUGUUGGAUGGAUUUGAGGACAACAGGAACUUUGGGUGACGCUGGCCCUCUGGACGAUACCACCUAUGAAAGACUGGCCGAGGAGACGCUGGACUCCUUAGCAGAGCUCUUUGAAGACCUUGCAGACAAACCUUACACAUUUGAAGGCUAUGAGGUCUCCUUUGGGAGUGGUGUUUUAACAAUUAAACUGGGUGGAGAUCUAGGAACGUACGUGAUCAACAAGCAGACCCCAAACAAGCGAAUCUGGUUAUCUUCACCAUCCAGCGGCCCCAAGCAUUACGACUGGACUGGGAGAAACUGGGUGUACUCCCACGAAGGUGUGUCCCUCCACGAGCUGCUGGCCACAGAGCUGACCCAAGCCUUAAAAACCAAACUGGACUUAUCUUCUCUGGCCUACUCUGGAAAAGGCACUUGCUGCCCAGCCUAAUGCUAAAGACAGUGAAAGCUCUAAAGCCAAGACCCCAGCUUCCUUCUGCAGCUGAAUGGCUAGUCUUCUCCAUUCCUGCUUUUGAGGACAGUUGCAUUAUGUGUAACAGCUCUGUGAAAAGACCGUGUCGCCUCCUGCCCUGCCCCUGAGUUCAGAUUUUUAAUUUCCGUAGGUUUCUUUUGAUUUAUUGUCUGAUUUCCUCCCUCACGUGAUAGCCCGUAUCUUUCAUGUCUGUAUGCCCAUACCUUUAAUAUAUAACCUCACAACCGAGAAAAAGAAGAAGGACAAAUUCCAGGAGGAGAAAUGAAUUGGCUUCACCAUUCAUUCUCUGAAAGACUUACUAUAAAAACUGCAUGAAGAGUGGCUGGCCAACCUUGCCAUCCUGUCUCAAAAUGAGACUCAUUAAAGGGAAGCCUAAAACAUUCCUACUCCUCUUGAAAGUGUAAACACUUCUAAGCCCUUUAGUAUUGAAGCAUCAGUGGCAACUCGGGAAUUCUGAAACCGAAGACCAUUGUCUCUUUGUGCUUUGUGACUGCCAGGGUGUGGCCCGCAUGGGGUGACACAGGGAGAUGUGGUGCCGUGUCUUCCAUAUGUGCAUAUAUAUGUACACACACAUUUACAUGUGUGUGUACAUAUAUAUUUUUAAAAUUUAAGGGUCAGUAUAGAAUAAGCUAUUGCAACACUCGUCUGAGGAUGCAGAAAAUCUCCCAAAAGCCACCUCUGUAAGCUCAUGGAUAUAGUACAAUAAAUGAGGCCAUGGAGCUGAGGAGGUGCUUGGUAAACUGUGAAAGGCCACAUAAAUGAAAAGAUGUUGGUUAGUGAAAGGAACCCUGGUCUUACAAUUGGCCCAGCUCAAAAGUAGUUGUCUGUCUCUGGGCAACUUUCUCGAACUCCCUGGACCUCUGUUUCCCCGUGUUUACAGAGAGGGUUAAACUGGAUAGAAUAUAGUCGAUUCCCAAUUUAGACAUUUAGUGGUCCUGUCAGGCAACUUAACAGGCCAGCUUUAAUUCCCUCUAGUAGAGGAGAUGACAGUGAACAGUUUUUUUUAAGCUAUAGAGUAAGUAUAUGGUUUUGGGUUUUGUUCUACUUGAAUUUCAGUUGAAUUCAUGUUCAAAUAAUCAUCUUUUAUUGUGCCAUUACUGUGCUAAGCCUGGGCUGUAGGCUGAAUGUUAAGGUGUUGAUCCUAACCCCCAAUCACAGCCCUUAUAAAUGAGAUUAGUGCCCUUAUAAGAGAGACCCCAGAGAGCUCCCUCAUCCCUUUCACCAUGUGAGGACACAGUGAGAAGACCGCUGUCUAUGAACCAGGAAGCAGGCCUUCACCAGACACCCAGUCUGCUGGGGCCUUGAUCUUGGACUUCCCAGCCUCCAGAACUGUGAGAAAUAAAUUUCUAUAUAGAAACCAAAAUAGAAA